AUUUACAUGGACAAGUAAUCGAGGGAGACUGGGACUCAAUAUGCAUAGUAAUGGCGGACAAAAGGCCAUCGCGUUCGGAUUUAUUAGCAUAUUUCCAACCAAGACAAAAGCGGUCAAAGCAGAUUUCCUCGUCAGAAGGUCAGUUGUAGAAUAGAAGGAACAUUUCUCCAUGUUUGAACUUAAUCAGCUGGCCUUUUCAGUCGCUAACAGCCGAUUCGUUUGUAUGAUUUUCGAUCAGGUGCUUUCAAUAAAAUUUGAAGGUUUAGCUUACUUGUCUGUUGUCUUACUCUGAGUACCUUGUAACUUAAUAUUUUUCAGAACGUAGUUCAUUAGAAGGUGAAGUUUCACAGCCACAUACCCCUGGCGAAAAUAAAACCCUUCCUGUUUCAAACUCCAAUGUCAAAACCGUGCCAGAUGUGGGAAAAUCCGUGCAAUUUCUCUCGAGAAGCCAGACGUGUGCAGCAAGUACCGACUUGUUUGAUCAUGAUUCAGUUUUAAAGCUAUUUGGGCUGUCAGAAAUCAUCCACAAUCACUACACUUGCAAGAAGAAUAAUUGUUUCAGUCUCACCGAAAAGGGUCAGUUAAGUAAUUCCUCUUUAAAGCGAGACCGCUUUAAACAUCAAUGGGUUAACGACCGCAACUUGGCCUUCGAUUCACGCUCCGGCAUGUGGUGGCUAAUAUACAAGGAGGAAACAGAUGGUGAGAAAGGCAGAAUGUUUUGUUUGCUAUGCAAGAAGCAUAAUACCUCAAAUAUCAAGAACAACAGCAAAAUCUACAAUCUCACACCUGCCCAACGAUUUAAAACUGAUGCUCUUAAAGAACAUGCAAAGAGUGCCCAACAUACACCAGCUGUAGAAGCAGAAAUGAUCAGGCGAGUGUCAGUUUUUCACAAAGAAAUUGAAAGCCAAGAGAGAAGCAGAGAUGAAGUUCUGCACAAUGCUUUUAUGGCUGUAUACUGGUUGGCAAAGGAGGAGAUGGCGAACAAGAAGUUUCCUUCACUUCUUAAAUUACUCGAAACGCUUGGAUUAGAAAAGAUGAAACAUUUUCAGCAUCGCUCUGCAGGAUCAACCAUUGAAAUCUUCUUGACCAUAGGAAAAGUACUUAAGCAGAGGGUAGUUGAGGCUUUGAAGACAUCCAAAGCAUUUGGUCUGUUAGUCGACGAAGUAACGGACGUUGCAGUCAAGGAACAGUUGAUAGCUUUUGUACAGUAUGUUGGUGACGACGGCCAUCCUUUGGUGAAAUUCUUUUUCAUUGACGAUGUUUUGGAACAGUCCUUGUCUACCAAUGCCGAAACAGUUGCAAAAUGUAUCCAGGACAAUCUAAGUAACUGUGAACUUGACAUUCUGAAAAUGAUGAGUCUGGUAAGCGAUGGUGCGAAGGUUAUGACAGGCCACAAAACUGGAGUAGCUGCCCGACUAAAGCAACUUAACAGUAAGCUACUAAAUGUACACUGUAUCUGCCACAGGCUUGCCUUGGCUUGUGCUGGUGCAAGUGACGAGACGAAGUAUAUCGCACAAGUGGAAGGAAUCCUCUUGCAACUCUGGAAGUUCUUUGCUAACUCUCCAAAACGAAUGGCAGUUCUAGUUAAAGCACAAGAGUCUUCGCGAAAGAUGAAACUAUCCUAUAAAGCAAGGUCUGCUGUGGAAAAGAAGGCCAGAAAAGCGUGCAGAACAUGCUGGCUGUCGACAAGUAAUGCUGUUGAUGGGGUGUAUGAAGAUUUUGUUUCUAUCAUACAAGCAAUAAAUCUGAUUGAUGACAAAGAUGCUUUGGCAUCGUACCUGCUCUCCAAAAUGAAAAGCUUCAAGUUUGUUGGUGCCAUCUACAUUUUGAAGGCUGUUCUCCCAGAACUAGCAGCACUGAGUAAGGCAUUCCAGCACGGCACCGUUAACUUUGGCCAUAUUGUUCCUGCAAUCAACCACACAACAGACAAACUAACCAAAAUAGUGCAAGAAGAGACACCUAUUACACAGCUUCAGGUUGAUGUUCAGGAAAGUGGAUGACUUGGCACCUGUGACUUACAAAGUAACGAG